AUGAAAGAUAUCCCACCUCUAAAUGAAGACAGUGUGGUUUUUAAGGAAGAUCGACAUUCUAUUGGAAAGGUACGUUGCAUGAGUGAUUAAAAUUAAAACAAGAUAAAGUGUGUGUGUGUGUAUCUCUCUCUCUCUCUAUAUCUAUGUAUAGUGGUGAGUGCCACUAUACUUGUGUGUGUGUGUGUGUGUGUGUGUGUGUGUGUGUGUAUAUAUGUGUGUGUGUAUGUAUAUAUAUAUAUAUAUAUAUAUAUAUAUAUAUACAUACACACACACACACACAAGUAUAGUGGCACUCACCCUUUCAAUGAAUCAGUAAAAGACUGCCUUGGUGCAAUCCCACGCUGUAUAUGUAAAGCAAAAAGGAAAGAGAUGCACUCUCAGGUCUUAGUAAAAUAUACUCGAUAUUAUUUAAUAACAGGUAACAUACAUCUGAUCGACGUUUCAACCUCUUCAGGUCUUCCUCAAGAUCUUGAGGAAGAGCUGAAGAGGUCGAAACGUCGAUCAGAUGUAUGUUACCUGUUAUUAAAUAAUAUCAAGUUUUUUUACAAAGACCUGAGAGUGCAUCUCUUUCCUUGUUGCUUUAUAUAUAUAAUAUAUCUCUAUAUAUAUCUCUAUAUAUCCUUGCAAAUUGCCCUUCACGGUUAAAGGGACAUUGUAGGCAAUGUGUCUGCUUCAUCUAAUUAAACUGUUUAUAGUUUCUGGAGUUCCCUGGUACCAUCAUUUCAUUAAGACUUAAACUGUUUUUAAUAUUUUAAUGCUCAACAAGAGUCCCUGGUAGUCUAUCCCUUCUGUGCUGCUUUGGUUAAUAAGGAAGUAUUAGCCUGUGCAGCAAUGGGCAACUGUGAUUGGCUGAGAGUGUCAGCUGACUAUCAAAGCACAAUCUGACAGUAUGAAUGGGUAUGCGAACAAGGAAUUGUGUAAUCUCUGCCUUAGGCACACCUCCAGAAGGGGCUUAUUUAAUACAUGGUUUAAAACUAAAUGGAGGCACAGUGCUAAGGGACUCCAUGCUCUAUAACCAUUUCAAAGAGAUAUGGUUAUAGUGACUACAAUGUCCCUUUAAAGAGUUACUCCAACCACCAUGAUCACUUUGAAGUGGUCAUGGUGGUUGGAGUAUGUAUGUACAACAUUUCAUUUUGAAACGCUGCACAUACUGAGAUUUUAAUUAUGUUCUGGGGACUUGUUGCACUCCACAUGUGCAGCUGUGACGGCUCGCAAUUCUAUUCAGCUCUGCCUAUUGUCAAAUCUGUGCAUAUUUUGGGUCUGUCAUCAGCGUGUGCACUCCACACUGGCAACAGACAUAUUAAUCUUCUUUUUGCAAGCAGAGCGCCUGCAAAGGGAAUAUAGCCUUCCCCUUCCCCUUCCUGGGGGUACUCCCAUCUCCUUCUUCUAACACAUGUGGGGAAAAAAACUUCCUUCUCGUUGCUGUCCCGAGUUGGAGAGGAUAGGACCUAAAGUAUAAUGCCCAGUAGGGUAUUAUGCUUUUAAAACAGACACAGGGAAAGAAAAAAACAUUAUCUGCCUGUUUAUAUAGUAAACAUGGCUCUGGUGCAAUGCGACUAAUAGUGUGAAAUUUUUGUGAUGGGGUUGUGCAUUUCAUGUUUUAACACUUCUGCGUUGGAGGGGUUUCUCUUUGCUGAAACAGUUUUAUGUAAAACAUUUGAAUAUGAUUUACCUCACCCUAGUGGAAUUAGUCUAGAGCUAUUCCUGGGCACAUCUUAAUAUGUAUGCAGAAGGAUUAACCAAGUGUGAAUUCUAUAAAAACUGGAUUGUGGGAUAUGGUGAAACUGAAUACAUUUGGUAAUUACCAUUCCAAGACUUUAUUUUCCACAGUAAUCUGGUUGCUGCAUUUCUUCAGAAAUCCCAGAUGAACUAACAGUAUACUUAAUAUUUAGUAUUUUUAGCAAAAGAUUGAUUUUUUUUUUUCAUGUCCAUUUAACACAAUUGCUGAUGUAUGCAGCAUUCUUUUUUUAAGAUUAGUCUGCUUAACAAUAUUUAUGUGAAACAUUGAGGUUCGACUUCUUAUAUGAAAGUCAAAACAGAUCCGUACAAGGAAAGAAAGUUUAUUUCAGUCAGCUCAAAAUCAUUAAUCAGAAAGAAAGUCUCAACUGUAUGUUUUAAGACUGGUUUUAUUCUGAUUACUUUGGGGAAGAAAAUAAACUUUUAUUAUAAAUUUACAAUAGAAGACUGCUUUCUUUUAGUCUUACAUCUGUUCUUAAUUGUUUAUAUGUGACAGACAAGGUAGUAAAACAAUAUUAUCUUUCCUGUAAAUAUGGAUAAUUGUUUUACUAAAGUUUAAGCACAGGCAUUCAGGAUUUAUUUGAACCAAUCUGUCCUUUGUGUGCAGAGCCGAUGUUUGUAGCAGGCAUGCAUUUAGCUAGAAUUCCUCAGUGUGUCUGAGUGGAAAAGAAAUAUAGGAUGCUUAAUCUGUGACAAAAAGUCAGGAGCUAUUAACAGUUUAAUUGAUACGCUUUUAUGAAGAAGUGGGCUUUUAACGAUUUUUUUGAAGGAGACUGGGUGAGCAUCUAACGGAGGAGGGAAGCGAGUUCCACAGGAACGGUGCAGCCCUCGAGAAAUCUUGAAGGCGAGCAUCAGAGGUGGGAGUACGGACAGAAGAUAGACGUAAGUCUUCAGCAGAUCGUAAGGGCCUAGACGGGACAUACUUGUGUAUAAGGGAGGAUAGAUAGGUGGGAGCAGCAUUAUGUAGAGAUUUGAAAGCAAGAACCAGAAUUUUAAAUUGAGCUCUAUAUUUUAUAGGAAGCCAAUGUAGGGACUGACAGAAGGGCGAGGCAUGGGAGGUGCGGGUGGACAGGAAGAUGAGCCUCGCCGCUGCAUUCAUUAUGGACUGUAACAGCGCAAGUUGGGAGCACGUAAGACCACUGAGAAGCGGAUGACAGUAGUCAAGGCUAGAAAGGACAGUGGAAUGGACCAACACCUUAGUCGCAUCUGGUGUUAAGUAGGGGCGGAUGCGCGCAAUGUUUUUGAGAUGGAAAUGACAGGCUUUGGCGAUUGAUUGAACAUGAGGCUUGAAGGAGAGGUCGGAGUCAAAGAGAACACCUAGGCAGCGAGCCUGUGUGGUGGAGCUGAUGGUAGCACCGUUGACAUGGAGGGAGACACACAGGAAUAACAACACUUGCGGGAGGAAAGACCAGAAUUUCAGUUUUGGGCAAGUUUAGUUUAAGGAAGUGGGCAGCCAUCCAGCUAGAAAUAGCAGAGAGGCAGUCAGAGACACUAGUCAAGAGGGACAGGGAGAGAUCAGGAGAGGACAGGUAGAUUUGCGUGUCAUCAGAAUAGAAAUGAUAUCGGAAGCCAAAGGAGCUAAUGAGUUUACCAAGGGAGGCAGUAUAGAUGGAGAACAGUAGGGGACCAAGGACUGAACCUUGGGGGACACCAACAGAGAGGAGUUGGGGAGAAGAAGCAGAGCCAGAGAAAGAAACACUGAAAGAGCGCUGGGAGAGGUAGGAGGAGCACCAGGAGAGAGCAAUAUCUUGUAGACCGAUAUUGCCGAGGAUGAGAAGAAGCUGUUGAUGAUCAACAGUGUCAAAAGCCGCAGACAGGUCAAGGAGAAUUAGGAUAGAGUAGUGACCACGAGAUUUUGCAGCGAGUAGAUCAUUGGAUACUUUGGUCAGUGCCGUUUCCACAGAGUGCUUAGCGCGGAAACCAGACUGAAGCGGGUUUAGCAGAGAGUUGGACUUGAGGAAGUCUGUCAAUCUCGCAUACACAAUUUUUUUUCAAAGAUCUUGGAUGCAAAAGGCAGUAGCGAGAUAGGACGAUAGUUGGAUGGGGAGUUAGGGUCAAGAUUGGGCUUCUUUAGAAUUGGGAUUACAGUUCCAUGUUUGAAUGGCAAUGGAUAUAUACUAGAGGAGAGCGAGAGAUUGAGAAUUUUAGUGAGGUGGAGAAAGAGAAGACUGAGUACGGGUGAGAUGCAAGGGAAUUGGAUCUAGGGAGCAGGUGGUGGGGCAGAAGGACUGGAGCAGAGCAGAAACCUCUUCUAAUGUAGCUGGUGCGAAUGAACAUAGAACAGCAGAGGGAGUGAAGUUAGGGGAAGUAUUGUAAGGGGAAGAAGAAAGAUGAGAGCUCUCUUCUCUGAUUUUAGAGCUCUUGUCAGUGAAGUGAGUUGCAAAGUCUGAGGCGGUCAAGUUAGUAGAUGAAGGAGGAACAGCAGGGCGAAGAAGAGAGUUAAAUGUGUGAAAUAGUUGUUUGGGUUCGCGUGAGAGUGUGGUUAUGAGGGUAUGGAAGUAAUUAACUUUUGCAGAGGAAAGAGCCAAGCUGUAUGAGCUCAGCAUAAAUUUAUAGUGGAGAAAGUCAGAUGCACAGUGAGACUUUCUCCAAUAGUGUUCAGCAAUUCUGGAGCAUUUUUGGAGGUGAUAUGUGUGGAUGUAUUUCACAUAAAGAGGAACAUGACAUGAGUUUCAAACUGCACCCUCAAUAUGUUUUUGAACUGAAUUUACCAUUACUUUAUCUACAAUCACAGACUUGCAGGGCAUAAGGGGGAUUUAGAACCAAAAAUAUUGUAGCAUGUUUUCAAGAUUUGGUUGGGAUGGGGUGCUGACCACAGCAACAGCCACCAUAGGUAGGAACCAAAUAUGCAAAUAAACCACAACAUACUCAUUUUCCUCUGACAUGGUUGUAUCAGUUACAAGAACACCUAUUGUGAUCAUUUGUUUUGAAUUUAAGAAAACUUUCAGGCCUCUGGAACUCCUCGGGUCAUUAGGUCACAUGGAGCAGGGCCGAUUGGACACAGGGAGCAGGGGCUCUCAGGCCUUUAGAACACCGGGAGCAGGGGCCCUCAGGCCUUUAGAACACCGGGAGCAGGGGCCCUCAGGCCUUUAGCACACCGGGAGCAGGGGCCCUCAGGCCUUUAGCACACCGGGAGCAGGGGCCCUCAGGCCUUUAGCACACCGGGAGCAGGGGCCCUCAGGCCUUUAGCACACCGGGAGCAGGGGCCCUCAGGCCUUUAGCACACCGGGAGCAGGGGCCCUCAGGCCUUUAGCACAGCAGGACCAAACCUUGACUAUAAAGCCUAGGGUUAGGCUAGACUUUAUAGGGAGAACAUAAGUACAAUGUAGGGCCAUCUGGGAACAGUCCUGUCUCUGCACAGUGUACACCAGCCUGCAACAGCACCAAAAAAAAGUAGCUGCACUCUGAGGUACUGCACUAGAUUGAAAAAGUCAGAAAAGUAGAAUUGUGACAAAUGCAGCUUUAGACCCACUCAUUCAAGCUAUUCAAUCUAGAUUAAAAGUUUCAAAAAGAGAGGAAAAGUAACCAAAACAAAGCAUUGUUCUUAAAGGCUUUCUGCAACCCUUUUUCACUGAUGAUAGAACAAUGCCAAAAGAGAAUUCUAUCAGUCCCCUCUAUAAAAUUGUUGGAAGAGCAUUUUUAAAAUUGUUAAACUUAUCUUAAUCCAGUGCCUGGCGAAGCUCCCCGGUGUCGUGUGCUUGGCGCACACCUGUCUUAUGUCAUUGGAGAUGUGCCGAGGUCCAAUCAAAGGAGGUAGGGUGGGCGGGGAUUUAAAAAAACAAACAAAAAAAACCUUGCAAAUGGAGGUUUUGUGUUAGGUAGGGGAGACGAGCUCCCUUGCAGACGUAACAGAAGCCUUACAUCUGUCGCCAGUGUGCAGUGCGUGCUGACAACAAAUGUAAUUUAUGCACAGAAUUGACAUUAUGAAGCCCAGGAAAUAGUUUUGGGCUGCCUAAGUCAUAUAUGGUGGGGUUGCAACUUGUCCCCAGCAAACAUUUAAGUACUUCAAGCUGAAACACUGUACAUCCAGACUCCUACCACCAUGAUUACUUCAAAAAGCAGACUUGUUCAUGGUGGUUGGAGUAGUCCUUUAAAGUGAUGAAAGUAAAGGGAAAAAAAUCAAGAUAAUUUUAUCAAGAUGUAUAAUUUGUAAAAAAAUAAAUAAAAAAAAAAACAAUUUGAGCCCAUACAAAAGAGCAAUAUUAAUGUUUUCUAUUUUAUCAAUAUGUUCCAUACUUUUUGGUGUACACACACACACACACACACUAUCUAUACAUUGUAGUAACAAAGCUUUUAGGAAACGUUUAGUUUCUUUAAACUGAUUUAAAAUAAUGGUCCUUUCUCUCACAUGUCAAUUCAUAGCUUAGUCUGGUUAACCCUCUAUGCCGAGAACUGACUGCAAGUAAAGAGUAGUAGAAACCCUUUACUAGUGUCAUUUCUGCACUCCUACACAGCACCUACAGGAAAAACAUUGUAGUUGCUGUGUUCCUUUAGCCUUUUGCAAUGCACACAGCUACUAAAUCAUGGAGCUUUGGACAGGAGGUAAGUAGCUGCUUAAAACCAUACUGAACAAUGAAAUAUAUUCUUUAUUUCUCAGAUAAAUGAUACAUACAUCAUGGGACUUUAGCCAUUCUCGAGAACUUAACAUGCACAACCGAAGCUAAAGGAAAUACGAAAAAUGUAUUUAUCUGUCCUAAUAAAUUUAAUAUUUCUUAUGCCAAGACUUACAAUACAUUUUUAGCAUUUAUUGGUUAGAUAUUUAAGGAAGUGAAUUUUUAUAUCAAACUUUUUAAAAUUUGGUAUACUGAGACUGUAAAUUUAAUAGCCGUUUUUAAAUGCAUAAACCUUAUAUUUAUCCCCAAGCCGAAUAUAGUUGGGUUACAGCUGUAGUUAUUCUGAUUAGCAAAGUCUAUACAUUGCACAACUUUCUUUAACCCCUUAACGUUAGUAUGUUCUGUACUAUACUAAAUAUAGUGAGCAACGUGGAAUGUCUCUGUAUAGAAUAUUACCUUGUUCAAAAAGGAUGGCCACAUUUCAUUGUAGGUUUCUUUAAUUCAUAUCCAACAUACACAUGCGAACUUCUACUUAUUAAUUGGUUUUCUUUAUGCCUUAGUAUUUUUAAUUGUAAGAGCUACAUUUAACUUUUAAAGAAAAUACCCAAUUACAGUAAGGAUAUAAAAAUAGCCUUCCCAUUUUAUCCACUGCAUAACAAAAGAGAACUUGAGCAUGAAGCAUUGGUCAUAUCAGCUAUUCUUUCUCAUGUAUGUUCUUUUAAUCUUCUAGAACAGCGCCAGAUGGUUAACUUGGAACCUUUGUUUAAUAAAAGAUAUGAUUUAUGCUUCCACCAAAUAAAUGUUAUUAAUUAUUUGCUAUCUGCAAUAUUCCUGUGCGAGUUUUCUUUUCUUCUUUUUAUUGAGCUCCUGUCCUGCUGCUGUUAAGUGUCAUAUUUCUUAUUUUAUCUUUAAUCCACAGAUAUUUGAAAUAUUUGGUCCUGUUCCACAUCCAUUUUAUGUGUUACGGUUUAAUACGACAGAUCAAAUUAAAGAAAAAGAUAUCAAGAUAAAGGAUACUAUGUAUUUUGCUCUGAACAUUGAAGACUUUACACAGUAUGUAAUACCCGAUAAAUUAAAAAGGUGGGUAUUCCAAACCUUACUCUGCACAAAUCAAAUACACGUUUAACUAGAAUGUGUUGGCGCUAUAUACGUGGCAAUAAUAAUGUAAUGAUGUUUGGUUUAAAAUGUCUCAUGUGCAAAGGUAGCCAGCAUACAACUAAAACAUCUCGGACAUCUUGGAAGUCUGAUCUGUCAUGUAAUAUUUUGGUACAUGAUGUGCUACAUUUGGCCUCAAAUUCCAGUUGCUAAUAAUGGGAAUAACACAAAUGUGGAGAUGGUCAUGACAUAAGGCAUGACUGCUUGAGCAUGAAAUCCUAAAUUUCCCUAAUUUUGAAAAAGCGCUACGUUUUCUAUCAAAUUUACUGGUAACGCAAGGAUCUGUAUUUUUUUACACUUCCCAAUAUAUGUUUUUUUUAGCCUUAUGUGAUCGUUACCAUAGUGUUUACUGAUUAGAGUACCUUUUUAUUUAUUUUUUACCAAAACAAGCAGUUAUAUAACUCACGCCCAUGCAGUCUCACUGCUUAAAGAGACACUCCAGGCACACAGACCACUUCUGCCCAUUGGAGUGGUCUGGGUGCCAACUCCCACCACCCUUCACCCUGCAAGUGUAUUUACUGUAGUUUUUAUAAACUGCAAUAAUUACCUUGCAGGGUUACGUAUUCCCUCUGGUGGCUGUCAGACACAGACUAGCCGGACUUCCGUUUUCUUAGAAAACGAAAAGUGUUUUGAAACGACUCUGGUCGUCCUCACGCUAUGCAUGAGGACCUCCAGCGUCACCAGAAUCCCCAAAGAAAAAAAAGCAUGGGAUAAUGCUUUCCUAUGGGGAGGUCUAAUGCACGUGCGGCAGGUCUCCCUCGCCGGCUGACGGGGGAGGAGCAUGGGCGGAGCCUGACCCAGCGCCGGGGUUUUAACCCCUUCAGCAACAUGUGUAGCGGGGUGGGAGGGAGAGAGGCACUGCAGGGUCCUGCAUUGUCAGGAAAACUGAUAUGUUCUCCUGCCACUGGAGAGUCCCUUUAAUUCUCUGUAUUUAGGGGUUACAUCACUUUGCAUUUGCAGCCCAUGUCAAACAUCCCUGUAUGUAAUAUGCACAGACUUCUUAAACACUUCCUGUUAAGUGAAAUCUGUUUAUACUUUAUUGCACAAUCUAAUCUAAUUAAAUAUACAAGAUAUCUCCUGUGCUGUUAAUAGCUUGCCAGACCUUGCAGGAGCCUCUUUUGUGUGAUUAAAGUUAAAUUUACAAAGCAUGAGAUAAAAACUUCUAAAAUAAGUUAACCACUAAUUGAAAAUGAGUCACACCCAAGGGAGGUGUGGAUAGGGCUGCAUGGACAGAAACCAAGAGAAUAAACUUUUAAAGGGCAGAGAAUAGAGCAAUGAAUCUUCAGAGGCAUGAACUAUACACUAAAACUGCUUCACCAAGCUAAUAUUGUUUUGGUGAUUAUAGUGCCUUUAUAUGUGCAAAGGGUAGAGUGGCACAAAGAAAAAAAGGAAAUUAUGAAUUUGCAGAAUAAUGUCCAAAUGUUUAAUAUAUGAAAAUUGUAUCACCUGUUUUAGAAUGUGUAAAACCUAAAAUUGGGCACCUAAAAUUGUGUUUUGCCAAAAUAUCUUUAGUACUGCAGUAAGAUAAAGUUCAGAAAAGUAUGAGCACCAAAGGAUUUAUAGUAGUCGUAAGAAACUACUUCUAGUGCCCUUUUAUGUUGAAUUAUAUACUUCUAAAACAGGGCUUGAAAAUCCCAGGCGACAAAAAAUGUUGCUCUGGUGCCUGGGAUUUGAAGCCCUUUAGCGAAAAGCAGGAUGGUAGAACAAUGGAGCCGGCUGGUCGCCCAUGGCAGCGUUCGGUGGCCACCCUGGGCAUCAUGCAUGCGGCUGCCCGUAGGCCUGUGAAGACAGCCGCCCUGGAGAUCGUGUAGGCAGCAGGUUGGGACAGCUUGCGAGGGAGCAGUGAUCUCCUAGCGGCUCCUUUCUGCUCCCUCACGCUGUAUAGUGAUGCCGGGAGAUGGAAUAUUACCUAAUUCGAGCCCUGGCAUCACUACAGGGAACAGAGAGGAGCUGCAGGUAGAUUACGGCUUCCUCGCACGCAGGAUAAGCGAGCAGCCCCACUGGACCCCAGCGAAACAUCCACUCCGCUCUCCAAAAGGUAGGGUGGCUGUGUGUAUUAAAAUGUGUGCCUGUGUGUGUCUCUCUCUGUGUGCCUGUGUGUGUCUCUCUCUGUGUGCCUGUGUGUGUCUCUCUCUGUGUGCCUGUGUGUGUGUCUCUCUGUGUGCCUGUGUGUGUGUCUCUCUGUGUGCCUGUGUGCGUCUCUCUGUGUGCCUGUGUGUGCCUCUCUCUGUGUGCCUGUGUGUGCGUCUCUCUGUGUGCCUGUGUGUGUCUCUCUCUGUGUGCCUGUGUGUGCCUGUGUGUGUCUCUCUCUGUGUGUCUCUCUCUGUGUGCCUCUCUCUGUGUGCCUGUGUGUCUCUCUCUGUGUGCCUGUGUGUCUCUCUCUGUGUGCCUGUGUGUGCCUCUCUCUGUGUGCCUCUCUCUCUCCCUUUGUGUGUGUGUGUGCCUCUCUCUUUGUGUGUGUGCCUCUCUCUCUUUGUGUGUGUGUGUGUGUGCCUCUCUCUCUCCCUUUGUGUGUGUGUCUCUCUCUCCCUUUGUGUGUGUGUCUCUCUCCCUUUGUGUGUGUGUGUGUCUCUCUCUCCCUUUGUGUGUGUGUGUCUCUCUCUCCCUGUGUGUCUCUCUCUCUCCCUGUGUGUGUCUCUCUCUCUCCCUGUGUGUCUCUCUCUCUCUCUGUGUGUCUCUCUCUCUCUCCUGUGUGUGUCUCUCUCUCUCCCUGUGUGUGUCUCUCUCCCUGUGUGUGGUAAUCACCUCUCUCUCUCCUGUGUGUGUGCAAUGUCUCUCCUGUGUGUGUGUCUUUUCUCUCUCCCUGUGUGUGUCUCUCUCUCUCCUGUGUGUGUGUCUCUCUCCCUGUGUGGUAGUGUCUCUCUCCCUGUGUGUGUGUCUCUCUCUCUGUCUCUCUCCCUGUGUGUGUCUCUCUCUCCCUGUGUGUGUGUGUCUCUCUCUCUCUCUCCCUGUGUGUGUGUCUCCCUGUGUGUCUCUCUCUCUCCCUGUGUGUGUAUCUCUCUGUGUGUCUCUCUCUCUCUGUGUGUCUCUCUCUCUCUGUGUCUCUCUCUCUCUGUGUCUCUCUCUCUCUGUGUCUCUCUCUCACUCUGUCUCUCUCUCUCUCUCUGUGUGUCUCUCUCUCACUCUGUGUGUCUCUCUCUCACUCUGUGCCUGUGUGUGUGUGUGUCUCUCUCUGUGUGUGUGUGUGUCUCUCUCUGUGUGUGUGUGUCUCUCUCUGUGUGUGUGUGUCUCUCUCUGUGUGUGUGUGUCUCUCUCUGUGUGUGUGUCUCUCUCUCUGUCUGUGUCUCUCUCUGUCUGUGUCUCUCUCUCUGUGUCUGUGUGUCUCUCUCUCUGUGUCUGUGUGUGUCUCUCUCUCUCUGUGUGUGUGUCUCUCUCUCUGUGUGUGUGUCUCUCUCUCUGUGUGUGUGUGUGUCUCUCUCUCUGUGUGUGUGUGUGUCUCUCUCUCUGUGUCUGUGUGUGUCUCUCUCUCUCUGUGUCUGUGUGUGUCUCUCUCUCUCUGUGCCUGUGUGUGUCUCUCUCUCUCUCUGUGCCUGUGUGUGUGUGUGUCUCUCUCUCUCUCUGUGCCUGUGUGUGUGUGUGUCUCUCUCUCUGUGCCUGUGUGUGUCUCUCUCUCUCUGUGUGUCUCUGUGUGUGUGUGUCUCUCUCUCUGUGCCUGUGUGUCUCUCUCUCUGUGCCUGUGUGUGUGUCUCUCUCUCUGUGCCUGUGUGUGUGUGUCUCUCUCUCUCUGUGCCUGUGUGUGUGUGUCUCUCUCUCUCUGUGCCUGUGUGUGUGUGUCUCUCUCUCUCUGUGCCUGUGUGUGUCUCUCUCUCUCUGUGCCUGUGUGUGUCUCUCUCUGUCUCUGUGCCUGUGUGUGUGUGUGUGUGUCUCUGUGCCUGUGUGUGUGUGUGUCUCUCUCUCUGUGCCUGUGUGUGUGUCUCUCUCUCUGUGCCUGUGUGUGUGUCUCUCUCUCUGUGCCUGUGUGUGUGUCUCUCUCUCUGUGCCUGUGUGUGUGUGUCUCUCUCUGUGCCUGUGUGUGUGUCUCUCUCUCUCUCCCUAUUGCACACUGUGCAGCACUGACACAGGACUCUCUAGUGGCAUCUGAGUGACUGUCACUAAAGGUUUUACUAGGCAGCAAUGUAAACACUGCCAUUUUCUCUGAAAAGGCAGUGUUUACAUUGAAAAGGCUUCAGGGACAGACUACAGGCACCAGAACAACUACAUUAAGCUGUAGUGGUUCUGAUGACUAUAGUGCCCCUUUAAGAAUUGUAUAUUUCUCGUAAAUUAAACUUCACUAUUUUUUUUUUUUUUUUUUAAACUGGCUCCUAACAUUUUUAGCUGGCUCCUAGAUUUCGAGCAAAUUUGUCAAGUCCUGUUCUAAGAUUUGCCUUGUCAUUGAAAAGCCACGAAAGAUUACCAUGUAUUUUUUUUUUUUUUUGAUAAAUGCUUAUAGCCAAAUUGAAUUGCCUGCCUUAGGUGAAACACGGUAUUCUGGGAAGCUACAUCCACAGAGUAUCAGUUGGCAAGAGAGGGUUUAUUAGCAACAGAACAAAUUGGUUUAUGCUCUAAAUACUAUCCAAUGCAUAAUACAUUGAAAUUAAACAAGCAUUGAGUUUGUUAAAUUGGGUUACUCAUUUUAACUAAACAUUUUGGUUGGUGGAUAUUUCAUUUGUCUCUAUAUUUUAAUGAUCACAUAGAUAAGAACACUGAAUUGAAAAAAUAUCAGUUAACUUUUUGCUUGCUAAUUAUUACUAUUAGAGUAUAAGUAAGUCAGCUGCAGCAUGAGCCUGAUCACCUGUUUUAUACACAAGUCUACUUUUAGAACAUAUUUUGGUCUAUUCAUCAAGAGCAAAAUGUACAAUAUUGUUCUUGUGUACAUUUUUCCCAAACAAAUUGCUCUCUAGGUCUCAAUGUAAUUAUGUUCAUAAGGGCCCCAGAAAGUGACAGUGUUGCUUUAAUGCUGUGGUUCUGGUAUCUAUAGCAUGUCCCUGCAGUCUUAGCACUGUAAACAAUGCCUUUACAGAGAAACGGAAGUGUUUACAUUGCCGGCUAGUAACACCUCUGACAGUCACUAAGACCUCCACUAGAGGUGCUUACUAGUCCAUUGGUGCAGCAGAGUGUUUUGUCGUGGAUGCAUAAUAGCCUCCAAGUGCUCUCCUAUGGGAUGUGGCAAGCGCAGCCUUGGAGAAAAUGUAAGCUUUAUAAACCUUUAAUUUUCAUGGAGAGGAGGACCAGAAGACUAUUUGAUUCCAGCACUAUAGUGUCAGGAAUACAUGUUUAUGUUCACAUUUAUAAGUGGUUGUGGAUUGGUGUAUUUUGGAUUUUUCUGAAAUUAUAAUCUGAUAAUGUAUGGAGAGUCUUAUCAAGGCACAUUAUGUGCUACUUUCAGUUAAAAGUGCUAAAUGCAGAGAAACUUUCUAUGGUGAUUGGACUUUUAGUACUUUGCCCCGUAGAGUGCCUUUUUUUGACUGGAUAAAUCUCCCCAAAUACUUUAUGCACACCAAGUGAUCUGUAAUUUGAUUUGGUGUCCGCAAAAUGAACAUUUCAUAAAGCUAGAAUCCUUAUGGAAUACUCAUAAUUACUUUAUUGUAAUGUCAUUGAAAUUCUAACACAGUCAAAAAAUAUACUGAGACAUAGUUGGGACUACUUUGCCUCAGUAUUUUUCCACUAUGCACUUCUUGACACUGGACAGGGCUACAGUCGUCAAAAAGUGCCACCAGUGACUGCUGCAGGAAUUGGCUAUAUCUAUGGAGGAUGCCGUAGGUCUUGCAAGAUGCUCAGUAAACCUCAAUGCUAUACUCUCUCGCAUGUGUGCGAGUAUAGCAGUGAUGUCGGCUUCUGGUGCUGAAGCAUCAGGAGCAGAAGAGCACUAGCCAGAAGAGGAUGGCGGUGUCUGCAAGGUCAUUUAUAUAGGAGGCACAUUUAUGUUUGUCUUUGUCUCAAAGAUAUCUGAUUUAAAGGGAUCCUAUAGUGCCAGGAAAACAAACCCGUUUUCCUAACAAUUUAGGCUCCUGGAGUGCCCCCCUCCUGUGGGGCUGAUGGAGUUAAAACCCCUUAAGCAACUUACCUGAAUCAAGCAACGAUGUCCAUCGGCGCUGGGUCAGGCUCCGCGCGUUAGAUUUCUCCAUUGGAAAGCAUUAUGCAAUGCUUUCCUAUGGGGAAAAUCUGACGCUGUAGGUCCGUGACGACCUCCAGCAUCAGAUAACGGACCAAAAGCUUGUUUGGAUUCCGGAAGCCCUCUAGUAGCUGUCUGUUAGACAGCCACAGAGGGCUGACUUAGAGCUGCAAUGUAUACUGCAGAUUUAAAUUACUUUAAAAGUUUUUAUUUCCUGCUCUGUAAAUUGAACUUUAAUUAAAUGCAAGAGUAUGUAUUAAACGGUAUUUUUAAUACAGGAAGUGUAAACAUUAGAUGACUCUUUGCAGGACCUGUUGAAAGGCUGUGUAAGUCACAUGCAGGGAGGUGUGACUUGGGCUGCAUAAACAAAGUGAUUUAACUCCUUAAUGACAGAAUUGAGAAGUAAGAUUACAGCGGCAUGAUCUACACACCAAAACUGCUUCAUUAAGCUAAAGUUGUUUUGGUGACUAUAGUGUCCCUUUAAGAACUAAAUUACUACUUUUAUAUCUCUGGCCUCCUUUCAUACAGAAAUAUCACCUGAAGGAUAUAGCCUUUUCAUUUCUUAUUUUUUCUGUUAGCAAACAACAAAAAGUGAAUAGGGAUAUUUUAAACAUAGUAAGUAUUCUAGUGUUUGAGGCAUCACAACACCAGAUGUAUGGUGGUGAUUUGGGUGAACAUCAAGCUGUAAUUAAAGCAGAUAUAUAAACACAUUUUCAGAAUCAGAAAACCACUAAUAAGAAGUUCUAAAAUCAGGUGGUAAUGAAAUCUGCAUAAACCGUAAGUUAUGCAUUAAACUGAAAGGGGAAACUUGCUCACAAAGUCUGUAUAGCAAGUUGGAUAAAAAAAAAAUGUAGAAAAUAUAUUUAUAAAUUACAUGCAAUCAGGGGAAAUAUCAUGCACUAUUAGUCUGAGAAUCUCAUGCAUGAAACAAGUUAGAAAAGCCCACACCAUGAGCCUAAACAUUUAUGGAACUAAAAAAUAGAAUAGAAUGCAAAAUGUAUUCACAUUAAUUUACUGCACAUUAUUUUCCAAUCUAAAAUUUAAAAAAGCAAAAAAUACCAGCUAUGUUGUUGGUAUAUGCCAGUUUAAUUUCUUAGCUGCACCAAAUCAGUUCCUUUUUUUAAAUUAAGUGGGAACCUAUUUUAAAGACAAACUAUAGUCCGAUUCACAUGUCCUUUCUUUCUAGUGUACAUUUCUACUUGUAUAUGCAUUAUUUUGCACAUUUCCAACCAUGGUUUUAUAUAUAUAUAUCUAUAUAUCUAUCUAUAUAUCUAUCUAUAUAUCUAUAUCUAUAUAUCUAUAUCUAUAUCUAUAUAUCUAUCUAUCUACCUGUAAUCCAGUUUUUAGCUCCAGUGAAACGAUUUACAUAUCGAAGCUAUAUUAGACUAUUACAAAUGUGCGGCAAACACAUGACUGGUCUGAGGGCUUACUAUAGGACUCUGCUAGAGCAUUCACUGUGCUUGCAGUGUCGUAAUGCUGUUUUCAACAUCUUCAUGCAGAGCGUGAAGACACCAAAGAUCAGUUCUGAACUGCGGAAGGACCUCUAGAGGCAUACUAAGUGACGGCAUCCAGAGGUGUUACUAGGGAACAAUGUAAACGCUGCCUUUUCUCAGAACGCGUCCAGAACUUCUCUAAUCUUUCUCUAGGGUCGGCUUCUUUGUUGGUCUCUCCCCUGUAUAGCAGCUGCGGGUGGUUCCAUGCUCAGGUUUUGGACUUUUUAUACUUUUACUCACAACUUGUUUCACUUCCACAUGCUUGGACCAAUAUAGCAUACAUGAGGACUGCUAUUCUAUUAUCUUGCCAUAUCCAUUUACUUUUUUGACUACAAUAAAUGGGCAUUCUUUUUCUACGAUUUUAUCCUGAUGUAUUUCUGUGAUUCCCUAUAAGUGCUGAUUAACAAACUUGUCCUGUGUGGACUCUAUGGAUAGUAUGUAGACACCAGAACCACUGGACUAUAGCGUUGCUUUAUGUUAUUGUCCUAUUCUAUGUUGUAAAUUAAAUUUUGUUCCUUAGUCCUUUUAUAUCUCAAACUAGUAUUGAGCUUUGAGCAUUUAACCCCUUAAGGACACAUGACGUGUGACAUGUCAUGAUUCCCUUUUAUUCCAGAAGUUUGGUCCUUAAGUGGUUAAAGGGACACUAUAGUCAUCAGAACUACAGCUUAUUGAAUUUGUUCUGGUGAGCAGAAUCCUUACCUUCAGGCUUUUUGCUAUAAACACUGUCUUUUCAGAGAAAAUGCAGUGUUUACCUUACAGCCUAGUGAUAACUUCACUGGCCACUCUUUAGAUGGUUGUUAGAGAUCCUUCAUGGGUCAUGGCUGCCUAAAAUGCAUCCCAACAUUCAGUGUCUCCUCCCUCUGCAUGCAGACACUGAACUUUCCUCAUAGAGAUGCAUUGAUUCAAUUCAUCUCUAUGAGGAGAUGCUGAUUGGCCAGGGCUGUGUUUGAAUUGUGCUGGCUCUGCCCCUGAUCUGCCUCCUUGUCAGUCUCAGCCAAUCCUAUGGGGAAGCAUUGUGAUCGGAUCAGGCUACCAUUUCUGCUGAUGGCAGUGGGCAGGUGUAAUGGAAACAGGGACAAAAGCCAGCACAAGUAAGAUUUUACUAUAUUUAGGGAGGCAUGAGGGGGCCAGGGUGGCUAGAUGGGGGUUUUAACCCUAUAGGGUCAGGAAUACAUGUUUGUGUUCCUGACCCUAUAGUGCCCCUUUGAGUGCUUAAUGGUAAGAGGUGUUUGAUGCAGUGCCUAAUUUUAAAGGGAUUGGGUUUACCUUAAUUGAAUCAAUUUUUUAAAAAUGAUGUUUUUAUAAAUAAAAAUAGAAUUUUUUUCCCAGCUUUUUGGAUUGACGUUUAAUUGCAUUGUCUAGUAUAGUGAAUUUUUUAUUUUUAUUUUUAUUUUUGCAGUGCAAAGAUAUAUAACAGCAUGCGUGUGGUGCCCCAACAGCAAUCCCCACGCUGAGUUUCAACACUUAUAACAUUGGGGUGUUCGGGAGUAUGUGCACAUUUUUUAAUUAAGAGCAAGAAAGGAAAAGAAAGAAUUAAGCUUGUUGAAAUCACACAGAUUGCUCUCUAUGGAAAACAGGCAUAUCUAGGCAGAGGUGUCGUCUAAGCAGGUGGAGUAAGUAAGUUUAACGGUGCCUGAUUGACCAAGCUAGGGUAACUGUGAUAUGUGAACAUGUUAUACAGUAUUUAUAUAUAUAUAUAUUUUUUAAAGUAGGCAGGAUGUGAGACAUGUCGUUUUCUAGGCAUUAAAUAAGCUUAGUACAGGCUAGCUCAGCUUGUCUGUUAUAGUAACUCACAGUAAGAUCGUAGGGCUGGAGAUAGACAAAUAUUGGUGCCGACAGUGCCAAUAUCAAUUAAACAUUGUCUAUCUAGUCGAGAGCAGGCUUAAUAAGUUAUGUCAUAAGGUUAACAUCAUGCAGUAUGAAUUUCAGUAUGUUAUAUUUACUGACAUGAAGCGGAUCAUGGUUAACAUGCUAAGUUAGGCUGACCAUGUUCAUGUGACUUCGUUUUUUCUGCUUGAGCUUAUGGUAUGAUAUGUAGAUUACAUGCUUAGAAAUAGUAAAAGUAAAUAUAUAACAGUUGUCUAACAGAUAACUUUACAGCUUGAAAGUCUCUUGUCCGGGGCUGCGUGUGUUUUUGCCCUCUGCUCUCCAUGGAUGUCAGUCCUGGUCAUGCAGUAUGUCAGAUUAAGCUGAUGGAUGGUGGGCCCGGCGCUGACCUUCUGGAGGCUUUGUAUAGUGAGUCUCUAUCAUCCGAUGCCGUCUCUUUGAAAGCAGCUAGCAUUUGGUGGUGAGGUAUUGGAGGCCGCUGGAGCAGUAGACAGUAUGGUGGCAUCCCUCCAGCCCCAGGCUGUUGCAUGGGCCUGCAUCUCUGUGCCACGAACUCUGCAGCUUCUGGAGCCAGAGUUUCCUCCCCUUUCGGGGGUAGUGGAGGGCCUGAUGGACUUUGGCCGUUUGCAGUGCUGGAGCCUCCGUGGGUGUGGGCGAUGCAUCCGGGUCUUCACCCUUUUGGCCUCCAGCCCGGGUAGGCUCUGUGGUUUGGGGUUCUGUGGGUCGUCCGUCGCUACGCCCAAGGGUAUGCCCCCAUGUCCCCGCUGCCAGCUAUCUCGCUUACCCGCUGUUUGUGCAGGUCCCUGCGCGGCCUGUGUUGUUUUCAGGCGGUUUCUUAAUUUUGCCCAGAAGCGUCUGAAUAUUUCGUUCAGGCGCUGUGUGGUGUCGUGGUAGAUUGUUGCUUGCGGGAGCAGGUUCAGCGUGAACGAUUCGCUACCAGCCACCAUCUUAUGAGUGCCUCGUGGGGGAUCUCACUGCCUUGUCGUCGUGCUGAGAUCAGCGUGGCACACACUGUGCGGACCGGGAUAACCCCUGCCGGUCCGGGGGGGUAGGAGGUGAGUAAUUUGGAGGUUCCCACUGCGGUGUCGUCCGCGAGGAGAGCGGCCGCCUCUCCUCGGCAGGGUCUCGAGUAGGCCUCUUGGUACGGGUGCCGGUUCCCGGUUAAUGUCUGGUUAACGAUUGGUACCUGUCGAUGCGCCCGGGUGUCCCCGGCUGUGCUAUCACCCUCCAGGUGCUGUACGUGCACGUUUUUCGGGGUAAAUGUCAUGCUUCCCCAUCAGGAAAAUGUGGCGCUGCUCAACCAGUUUUUCAAAUGGUGCAUAGAUCAAAUGAAGUAUCUUGGUAUCAGUGGAUUUCUCCAAACUUGCAUGAUAUUUAAAAUGAUUUGCGUAAUACAAAUAGAACUACCCUAUUAGGAUGUAUGCAUCAAUGGUUGAUUUCCCUUUAUCAAGGAAUAGCAGUUGCGCACCCACGUGUAUUCUUCUCUUCCCUUUUUGAUGAUGCAAUAGCCUAUGUGUAGAAGGUCUCCCUUCCCAGAUUGAUUUUUUUUAUUUUUAUUUUUUUUUGGGAAUCUGCAGCAAUGCCUUCUAUUCAACUUUGAAUCUGCAGGGUUAAAGAAAUUAAAUACUCUGAGACUAUACUGGCUUUGUUGCACAAUCUGGUGGAAAAUCUUAAUUACUUGUAGUAUCCCUGGCUAAAUAUCCCAAAGCUGUGGGGGAAUAGCCUUUAAGACAAGCCAGUACCACAAUCUCUAGGUGAUUUUAUCUUAAUUUCAUUUACCCACUCAUUUGAUACACCUGUAGGUGAGGAUUAGCGAUACAGAUGUGCAUAGUGAACAAGAAGUUAUUUUUACUGGAGUGAUUGAAUCUUGUGAGUUCGAGGGCAAAUGUAAUAUGAGGUAAAAUCCAAAAAAGGUAUAUCAUGGUAUAUUUCAGUAAAUCCCCAAAGUGCAGGAAGCCUUCAGUUUAGUUGCUGUUACACUUCUACAUAAUCAGUUUUGUUGAUGCAUUGCACUGACUGACUUUUAGUGUGUUGAAUUGUUAGCCCAGUGCUAUCCGCUUAUAAAUGCUGUCCAUAUUGGACAGUAUUGAUAAUGACAUUACAAAAGUGCAAAUUGUGCAUUAUCAACGUGUCCAAUGAGGGGUGCUUCUUCUUGUGCCAGGGAGACUUUUUUUUUUUUUUUUUAACUGCUCAAAACUUUAGCAUAAUGAAGCAGCUUUAGUGUCUAGAUCAUGCUUUUGUAGUCUGCUCAAUUUUCUUCAAUUUAGGAGUUUAAACCACUUUGGUCUCUGUUUAUUCAGCCCUAGCCACACCUUCUCUGGCCGUGACUCUCCGCUUUCAUUAAAAAAUAAUUUCAAUUCCAAUCAGAUGUUAACGUGCUUUAGAAGUUUUAAUCUCCUCCUCUGUGAGACCACACACACAAGAGGCUCCUGCAGGUUCUCCAAGCCUAUUAACAGAGCAGGAUAUAUUUUCCAAAUGAAAUAGAUGUUUAAUAAAGUAAGCUUAAAUAUUAGAUUUCUCUUUACAGGAAGUGUUUAGGAAGGCUUUGUGAGUCACAGGCAGGGAAAGUGUGGCUAAUGAUGCAUAAACAAAGUGAUUUAACUUCUGGGGUAUGAUCUAUACACCUAAACCACUCCAUUAAGCUCACUUUUGUGGUGCCUGUAGUGUUCCUUUAAUACUGUCACGUAUACAUCCUCUCCAUAUCCUAUGCACAACAUAAAUCACUUUUCCAGGAGAAGGGCUGCUCGGUGGUCCUAUGCCAUAAGGCCGGGCUUUUGCAAAAUGCCGGUGGAUGCCGGUCGCUGCGGAUCCACACUGUUAUGUAGCCCUACGUCUGUCCACGGUGGUGUCGACAUGCGGUUAUGUCAUGCAGAGGUUGUGCGCGCAUGUUUUGGGGUCAAAGGCCAUGUACGACCAAUCGGAUUCACAAGAGGGAUAUUUAAACUUACUCGUUUCUUCUACUUAUUACCCUGUCGUGGUUUACCUUUGCUGGUUAUCUGAGUGUGUUCCUGAUCGUGUUUCUUUGGUUAUUGACUUUGGCUUUGUUCUGACUUCCCUGAAUUCUGGUUUGCCUGACUACUGGCUAUUCCUUGCAACUAUGUUUCGUUCUGUGUUCCUGACCUCGGUUAGUAUUCUCUGGUAUGUUAAGUCCAGCCAUUCUAAGGUCCGGUUAGACAUUAUCCUUAUUCCUAAGUGUGCUACUAAUACGGCGUGUUGGAUAAAUUGUAAUCCUUACAAAUACUCGUUGGUUAUCACUGCCAAACUAGAUUCUAACCGGGUUAUUCACGAUAGUGAGAAUUCAAAGUAAAUUCCAAAUUUAAGGUCAAAAUAGCCAAAUGGAAAUAUUCAUUGUCCGAUAUGCUUCCAGUUUAGUUAUUUUGGCCUAAAUCUUUAAACUCACUCUGAAUUCACUUUGAAUACCCACUUUAGUAAAUAACUCUGUAAGAGUUUUAGGAAUUAUGGUUACGGUUUAUGAGCAAAGGAGUCUGGCAAAAAAAAGUCUUAACAUUCCAUAUACAUGCCAAUCAGAUACUCUACCUGCUUCAAAUACAUAGGUUAAUUAAAGGGAAAGUGUUAAACCUGAAAUAUUUAUGCAACGGAGUUAAGGGUGGUCUUUGCAUACCAGAAAGAGCCCUAUUUUGUUUUUGUUGAAGGCAUUCAUCCAUAAGUUAUAGUUGAUGGGGAAAAAAGUAUACGUUAUGUAUAAAAUGUUUUGCACUAUGUCAAGAAUUUCCAGCAAAGGGGACUGCACUCCCAAUGGGAUACAAUUCUUCAAAGCAAAUACAGGAACUCGGCAAAGUUAAUUUAACAACUUUUUAAUGAAAAAUUACACAGGGUCCUGUAAUGCUUCAUUAAAAAGCUGUUAAGUUCACUUCGCGUAGUGUUUGUACCAUUUUUCAUUUGCUGGACUACUAUAUUCAAGGACUUUAUAAUCUUAAGUAAAUAUAUUCCGUAAUGCACACAUGUGAUUUGCAGCAGUUUCCCACAAUUUCUGUUCAGGUGUUGCUUUCUCAGAAUUGCAACACAUUGUCAUAGUUAUUUAUGGAACAUAUCUAGGUACCCAAAACAGUAUGGUGUGUGUGGAAUAAUUGUUUCUUACUGCAGUUUGGAUAUUCAUUAUUUAUUAAAUUGCAAGCUGAAAGGUGGCCCAGUGGUUUCAUUUUUAUUAAAGUACCUAGUGUCAUGUAUGGUCAUUGUCCUAUUGUAGCGGAGAGGCAGUAUAAACCACGAUAUCUCUGCUGGGUAACAGGAACAACAAAGGAUAAUCCAGGGAAUCAGCAUACAAUAAUCCAAACAGCACUGCAGUAACCCUUCCUUCCCAAGAACUAGACGACACGUAGGCUGGGAGUCAACUGAGGUCUUUUAAUUCAGCUCCACAAUUUAUACAAGUCCCCAUGCAAGGGGUUUCCUGAGUCCCCUCCCAGGGGCACUCCCAGAGGGGACUACAUGGGGGACUUACAAUACAGGGCAUUUCUCCCAUCAGGCACUGCUGCACGAGAGGGAUCCUCCCACAGGAAUGUACCGUUAAGUGGAUUAUCCCUCCGUGCAGCAGAACUUACAAUUCACAUUAAAUUCCAUAACUUCAUGAAUAUCUGGUUCAUUUAAACGAAUGGACGUUCGGUAGAUAGCUGGGGUCUGAGCGCAUCAUUCGUGAGAUUACCGCUCAGAUCCCAGCUAAAACAACCGAACGCCGUACGAAAAACACAUUCACCAAAACAUAGUUUUAAAAUACUGAUUGUAUAUGAGGGAACAAAAUACCGAAUGUCCCGGACCUCCCGAACGGCCUGGAAGCUCAGCGGUGUUUGUGCCGUCGAGUAGCCGUUUUUAGUACCAUGCGCUCGACGACCAAACACCGCUGAGGGAACAAAGGAUCCAAGAUGGCCGACCGCCGCAUGGUCGGUAGUCGGACGGCCACCUUGGAGAGCCUCUAAUUACCGAUUGCAACAUUGUUGCAAUCGGUUAAUAGGCGCCACACGCCUAUAAGUGUGUGCGCUAUUAACUGGUGUUUUGUUCGGUUCCCGAACGGCCCGCAAAGGUGCCGUUCGUGAAACGAAAGGGAAUCCGCUAUCUGCGUUCGGCAGAUAGCCCAGGUAAGAAAUACAGCAUUAACAUUACAUUGCAUUACACACAGGAACACAUAACAUGAACCCCAUACCGGCAACCCUUAAAGAGACAGUACAGAAAUAAUGUCCAAGUGGCUAGGUUUGCCACACCUAUGUAGAAAUUCAAUAAAGUUGUUUUUUGGAUCCUGAAGAGGAACACAACCUCUACUGGUUCUGAAGGCUCCAAGAGGCCUGAGUUACACAGAAUACAGGUGCAAAUGUGUUGUGCUUUUUUUAUUUUUUACUUUUUUAUUUUAUUUUAGAAAACAGAUUUGAGUGUGAGCUAUACAAAUACAUACAUAUAGGGUUUCUGCUGAUGUCAUGUAGUUUUUUGGCAAACAGAAAUAUCUCUUCCAAUAACAGUAGUAUUGUUUCAAAUCUGUUUUGAAGGCCUUGCUAUUUCUGCUUUCCAUAUAUCUUGUUGCUUUAGGCAUAGUAUUGAUGAUCUGAAGGACAGAAUGGGUGACCUUGGCAAAUAGGAUCAAAUUUGCGCUCCAGAGUCAGACUGGAAAGAUAACACACAUAUUCAUACCCUCUUAAUACACCAAUACACCAAUGAGUUACUUAAAAGUGUUUUUUUUGUUUUCUGUUAAUGGUUAAUACUAUAUCUGCUGCAAGGUUGAACUGUACAAAAAUUUUGAGCUACAGAAUGGUUAUAAAUGACACUUCUUUGCACCAUUGAUCUUUUAUUCUAUUAUGUAGCCACUUCAGGAUGUAUGACAGACUAUUUCCAUCAUGUAUGUCCUUCUCUUAAGACUUACAACCUUUUAAAUGGGCAUUUAGAUUCCUCAUAGCUUCAAUGUUUAUUUGUUUUGGCGAAAAGAGGAAAACAAUUGCUCUCAUGCUGCAAUUGUAAAGUGCAGAGCGUUUUGAGUGUUCUGCGCUGUAAUUGCACAGAAUUGACCAUAGCCAUCCCUGAUCUCUAGUGGAGUUACACAACUGCCAUCAGAGGGGUCAAUAUCCAGGACCAUAAGUGCACAUUUAGUCUCCAGGCACCAUGACCACUUCAGAUCACUGAUCUUUAAUUUAAAUGCUGUAUCCUGAAGAAGUUACAUUGUAUAAUGUGUCUAAAACAUGCCAAUUUAACCAGAUCAGAAAUUCAGCAGAUAUCCUCUAUAGGGAUCGACCGAUAUUGAUUUUUUUUUUUUUUUUAGAGCAGAUACCGAUAAUCUGUAAACUUUCAGGCCAAUAGCUUACCGAUAUUCUGUACAUUUACCGUUUAUUUAUUUUUUUAUUAAGUGGUAAAUGCACAAAAUAUACAUGCCAGUCAGAUUUUUUUUUUAAUGUUUUCAAGAAUAUUUAUGUGUGUGUGUAGUGGAUGAAAUGAGAGUAUUUGAUUAGUAAAUGUGUGUGUGUGUGUGUGUGUUUGCGUAGUGGAUGCAAUGUGUCUGUGUGUAAUUAUUUGUGGUAGAAACUCCUUCCCCUCCCCCCCAUUCCGCUUAAUGUUCCUCUCCCUUAUCUUUUUGUGUACCCCCACCCACCCCAGUGUUCCUUUUCCCUUCCCUGUACCUUAGUACCAUCCCUUAAUGUUCCUCUCUCUCCCCCUAGUGUUCUUUUCCCCCCUCCCCUGUCCCAUAGUGUACUUUACUUUACUUUCCCCUAUCCUAUAGCGUUCUUUCCUCCCCCUCCCCCCCGUCCCAUAGCGAUUUUUCUCUCCCUCCCCUCCCGUAGUGUUCUUUCCUACCCUCUCUCUCCCCUGUCCCAUAGUGUUCUUUCCUCCACCCCCCCCAAUAGUGUUCUUUCAUUCCCUCCUUUGUCCCAUAGUGUUUUUUCCUCCCACUUACCCUCCCCUCUCCCAAAGUGUAACUUCCCCUUGUCUUGUCUCCUGCGGUACAGGAGAUUCAGUCUCCUGUACCUGGCCGGAUUGACUGGAAGUGCUCUGUCAGCAAGCACAUCCUUUCAGUCCCGCCGGUUACAGGAAACAUAAGUUCCUGUACCGCGGAGCACACUGCUCCACUCUGUCACGCCAAACAGAGUGACUGGCAGGAGGGAGCACUGUGCGCCCACCUCCUGUCAGUCACUCCAAUCUAGCGCCCUCCAGGCCCGUGCGCUCAAAUGCGGCCACUUGUACCGCCUUAUGGACGUGCCCGUCCACCUCAUCUGUAUUACUGGUGAUUAUCGGCGGAUACCGAUACUUACAAAAAAUCUAAAUAUUGGCAAAACCAAUAAUCGUUCGAUCCCUAAUCCUCUAAUCUUUCAGAGAAGUAGUAUAGUCCCUGUGGCAUACUUGAAAACAAGAGAACUCUCUGUGGAUCUUUGCUGAUAAAAUAUUUUGUACACAGAUUGAUAUGAAACUGGACGUAAAAACUACAUCUCCAUAGUAACUUUUAGAAAUGGCCUGCUGUAUAAAGAUAUGUCCAUAAUUAAUUUGCAGGAGGAGUGUUUGAGGUUGCAUGCUGUCUGUGUACUUACAUGCCAUUUCUUCAAAAUGAACAGAAGCUUCAGCAAAAUAUUGAAAUAGCAAAUAUUCUUAAGUGGUACUUAUCGUGGUUUAUUCAGUGUUAUGUUCUUUUUCAAGACCAGCUUGAAGGAAUGGAAAGUUGACAAGAGCAGAUAAAGUAAUCCUUUGCUGUUUUGACAUGUUCCAUGCAUUAUAUUUAUAUUUCUAUUUUUAGGCUUUUUUUUUGUUGUUUUGUUUUACUGGUUCAUAUUUGCUCAUUCAGGGAGAAACCAUACUGCUACCAAUAUUUACUGAUGUUUAAUAAUGCAUCUUGUAAAAUAAUGAUUUUGUUUUCUCAUUUGUUUUCAUAGUGAUAAAGGUUCUGAUGCUUCCUGGACUAAUGAUCAAGAACCACCAAAAGAAGUAAGAUAAUUUAUUAUUACCUUUAUGUGGUUAAGUACCCUCUUCACGAUUUUAAGUUAGAAAAGAUGAGUUUUACAAUUACUCCUGAUCCAUGCCCACCUCACGUGUCAUGUCUUUAGUUCACUGGUAUAAUAUUCUUGUAGACAUUUAUUCUGCUUGCUGAUAGACACUCUAUUAUUGGCUAUAGGUGAUCCUGUCUGCUCUACAGUGUGUUAGAAUACAAUGGUCCUUGGGUACCAUUCUAAAAGGUGAAGUAAGAUGGUUUACUGUCACCCAUAGGUUAGAAAGCAUCCAUCAGGAUCUUCAAUAAGCUCUUGUAUCAUAUGAUAGUUUGUUUCUUAGUUGUUUAAAGUAGGCCUAAACUAUCCAACUGCCCCAAAAUGAGACAGACUCAAGUCCAUCUAAGAAAAGUCACACUUAAAGUUGGAAAAAAAAAAAAUCAUGUCUCUUAUAUUGCACUGUAACUGCACAGGAUAUUGUCUAGAUUUACUCAGGAAAAAUGCAACACGUAUGUUCCAAAAUGCAAAAACUAUGGUCUGUACCACAAACUUUGAUAUAAAUGUUAUUGCCAAAACUGUGAAAAAUGGUUUUGUUUUUAAUUUUUAUUUAUUUAUAAUAAUUCAUUUAUAAAUAAAUAGGAGGAACCAAUCUUAUUGUGAAAAGUUACCACCUGCAGAUUUAGAAAAAAACAACAACUUACCAAUAGAUUGUAGAAAAAGAAACUGCAAGUUAAAAUGUUUUUCCUUAUUAAUAUACUGGUUUGUUUGUUUCAUUAGGCACUGGAUUACAGUGAUGAUGAAAAGGAGAGAGAAGCCAAGCAGAAGAAAAAGUCUCAGAAUCCAGGAAAAAGGAAACAGAAGUUUGAACAGAAUCCGACAUGUAAGUUUUUGCUUAGAAUGUGUGCAUGUCUUUAAAAAUUAGUUAUGUCAAUCAUCAACAUACCAAUUAAACGUUGUCUAAUUAGAAUCAAGAAGGGUAGUUACAAGCACAAUUUAUGUUCUAUUUUGUUAAACGUCUGUGUGUUGGUUACACUCAAAUGCAGUUUGUUAGUAUAGAAUGUUACAAGUGCUAAAAGAAUGCCAAAUUAAUAUUUGUAUUUAUAUUUGAGACUGUGAAUAUAAGCAGGUUUAUCAAAUAACAUUUUCUACAGCAGAUUUAUUUGUAUUAAAAUUAAUUAGAUAAUUUUAUCUGUCUUUCAAUAUGUCAAUAAGAAUUGGAUAAAGAAUCUGCAAAUUGACAUUGGGCAUUAACCGAAUCUGUAACUUGGAUAUUGGGCUUAUAAAGGUACUCCUUGACACAGUACACUUGUGCAGGGACUUUGGUAAUAUUUAUAAUCUAAGUAUUGGUUUCCUCUGUGUGGUGGAACAGACCUCGCCACGUGUUCUUGGAGGGGGGCUGCUUGCCUGCCUCCUACCUUCUGACUAUGGCCCUGGGAUAUAUGGUAUUUGAAAACCCUAUUUGUGCCCUGUGACAAAACUGGAGAUUGUGCACAAAUAUGACUAUUGUCCAUAUUUUUUAUGAUUCCCUUUGUUUGUUGCACUGUUCCCCAUGUGUUUCAUCUGUUGGUUCGGCUGGAUAGACUACCAGACAAACUGUGGAGUUACUGGACGGCCACCAUUACAUGUAUCAGAGGCACAUGGUGAGAACAAUGGAUGAAGCACAUGGUGAGAACAAUGGAUGGCGGACAUUUUAACUCACACUGUUUGAACUUUUCUCAACGGUAUUUGGUGCACAAAGACAUCGUUCAGUAGUUCUAAACUACAGAACAGGGGACACAUUUAACUAAUUAUUUUUCAUAUAGCCUGUAUAUGUUCUGCGGAAUCUGCAUUAAACCGUAUCUUCCAAACUACUGAACAGAUCUGGGUGAAUUUUGGAUAUGUGGUUCACCCAGAUCCCCCGGUUCCGAUGAUAUAUUUAUGGGGUUAUUGCAUGUUUUAGGGUCCCUGUGAUAUGUUUUAGAAUACUGUAUUUUCCUGCCUGUGAUAAUUAAGUUAGUCUGUUGUGUUGAGAUAAUUGUAUCACAGGCAGAGGGGAGGAUUUCUGAUGUAAUGAAUGGGAGUGUUAGCUGUGUUGUAAUGUGUUGAUUGGUUAUUCUUAAAAACCCUGUGGUCAGUACUAUGUUUGUAGAAUGUGAAUAAAAGAGGCUGUAUGUGCCAGUACAGCUAGUUCUACUUCACCCUCAAUUUGGAGUGCCGUCUCUUAUUGGGGGAAUCUGCUACAAGGGAUUGCUAUGCUUGUCAUACUCCCUUGCUAAAUCACUACUAAGCUCUUGUAAGAACUUGUUCCUGCCUUGCUCUCUGGAGGAGUCUACGGUGGUUAUGGUGUCUGCUGCAGUGCUUGGAGUCCUCAGGAGGCGCUAGUGGCAUCCUUCAACAGAGGUGCCCGUCGAUCCGUUACACUCUGCAUUAUACUUUAUAGACUGUAUGGGGAGAACAAUGUUUUUUGAGUGCCACCUGGGCCGUUUAUUACGACUAAGGACGACCUGUUAAAUUAACCAUCAUCCCUCUAGAUAGGUCAGCAAUAGGCAGAACCUGAUACUCCAACCUUGUUAUUAACCUCUGGUUCAAUGCACCUAAGUAAUGCAUAAACAUGUACACCAGCAGCAGAGAACGAACAAAGGUAGAUGGGUAUCUGGCUGUGAGCAUGCAGUUUUUUUUCGUGCACUCUUUUUAUCAUGCAUAAGGCCUAAUUUGUGCAAUUAUUAUGCAAGGUUAAUAUGCAUGUGUUCAGAAGCUGUAUCACUAUUUUUGUGCAGCCAUCAUAUUGGUGGUUCAUAUAAAGGUAUGCCUUUAUAAUUAAUUGAUUUUAUUUCCAAGUAAAAGAUUGCCACUUGGAAGGGAAUGUGAGUGAAGCAGCCAGGAAUGUAUUCUUGGCGCUUAACUCAAAUGAGGAUUAUUAAUCGAUAAUGAUCCCGAUGGGCCAUCUUUUUGGAUGAUUAACAGGAAACACGUGUGACCUAUUAUGGGCAUCAUUGGUGGGGUUUAUAAGGCUGCUUUACCUUAACAAAGUCUCACUGAAGAAACAGGUCGGUAUACAAGCGUUUCCAGUGGCAUCCUGCAGCCUGGAUUUACUUCAAUUGGAGGAAAACCAACAUCCUGCUUCUUUAGCUUGCAUCUCUUUCUAGAAUUUUUUUGAGAAAAUGGUCCUCCCUGGCUUCAUUAUAUUUGUUCAUUAGCUUGCCUAUGCCUGUGCUUAGUUUGUGAAAAUGGAACCGUAGUCAUCAUUUUAGCUAGAAAAUCGCUAAUAACAGUUUUGUAUCUUGGUGUCUGUGACUUAAAUUGUAUCCAAUUUGCAAGUGUCUUAGAUUUGUAAAUUGUGUAUGUUAUGGUAGGUAUUGGUGUGAUCUUAACAAGUUAGAAAAAAUAGGUUAUUUAAAUGCAGUUUUUUGUUUUUUUUAAUGUUCCAUCCAUAUUUGGUUCAGAUCCCCAGCCUUUCCCACACCAUUUUGUGGUUGUGUGUGUGACAUUAUACAUGUCCUUGUUGUUGAUGUCCCUGCAUAGACAUAUGAGCAUGGACAGAAAAGUUUCCAAUGCAGAAUCACUUUGUAAAUAGAACAGUCUCAAAAUUUAUAUAUUUUUUUCAACUUAAGUUAUAUUUUUUAUUUUAUUUUUUGUCACGUAAGCAAUUUAACUGUAAAGUAUUGCUAAGCUGCUAAAGUAUUUUAUUAACAAAAUAAGACACAAUGAAUGUUAUGUAUAAUAAACAAGGACAAACUUCUUAUAGGGGAGCAGUCCCCAUGGAAACCAACGAAAUAUUCCUGGUAUUUGCUUCACUGUACCAGAACUGCUUUUUUAUGUUUGAUCCUCUUUUUAUUAUUGUGGUAGUCAAACAUUUGAUUUUAAAAGCAUUUCUGCAGCUGACAUUCCAUUACAUUUUUAUUUAUGUACAGAUUUAUGGCCCAUAAUUGUUUUCCAUGUAGAAAGCACUGCACUUCAUGAUUAGUACAAUUUGUCUCCUUUCACAUAAAUGAUCAGAAUUUAAUAUAAAGACAGACAAAUGUACUCUGAAUUGUUGCAAGUUUUCACAAUGGUGAAUAAAAUGUUGCUGUUCUUUGAAGCUGUUUUUAUGAUUUUUGUUAUUUUAUAUGUAUUCUUUUUUUGCACAGAUAUCUUGUAGCUUUUUUAUUUAUCCCCUUGCUUCGAUCCUCAUUAUCUCUUCUCUUCCCAUUUCUUAAUAUUUUUACAAACUCUUUAUUCUACCUUUAUGUAGAAUGCUCUCAGCAUAUUCCUCUUUAAUAGUAUUUUACACACAGUACUAUUUAACUAUAGUAAAUGUGUUUGGAUAGCUGUCUUUCAUUUACACGUGUGGCUAUCAGUAGUUCCCGAGGUAAAAUAAUUGUUCAGAAAUAAACAUCCACCCUGGAGUCAAUCUAUAAUGUAAAUUUAAACAGUGGCUUCUGUUAUGGGGUUUAUUGACACUUCAUUUAAAUUCUUCUUUUUUAUUUUCCUUUGCACGUCAUAUUACCUGUGAAAUGUGCCUCCUUUCUAUUUAAUUGAUCGUACCAAAUCAUUUUUUCACUCCAAGCACCAAAACUACUAAAGCUCGCUUGACUGUGGUAGAUCUACCUUUUGUCAUCUCUAGGAUAGUCUUUACGUUGUCUAUUGACAUCUUCAAAUGUGCUGGAAUUUCAGUGAAAUUCUAACAGUCUUUAUGAGUGUUUCAAAUCAAAGAUUUAAGGUUGACAGAGCAGAUUUAGGAAGUAGGAGGCAAUAAGUCAUCAUUAAGAUAAUGUUCUUUUGUGUCAAUAGAUUGUUUUUUUUGUUUUGUUUAUUAAAACCAUUCUAGUUGAAAUGUGACCAGUUUGUGUUGUUUGACAGGUAUAUUUUCUGUAGCCUGUAUUAGUUAGAGUACCUGCAAACCUCUUACAAUUUUUGCUUAAUUUGAAGGGCAUACGAUUUCAUCUAUCUAGUUUUGCCAGCAGUUGUAUGGCUUGGAAGAAAAUCCUGUAAAUUAAUAGGUAUUUCUUCUAUUGAGAUCCUUCUCUCCAUAGAAGAGCAACCACAGUGCAUGUGCUGCAGUUACUAAGGAAAAAAAAAAACCUAGCCAACGCUGCUAGCACUGGUUAGGGAGUAUAGUAGCAGUGACUGACAUUACAAAGAAAAACAACAAUUUAAGCAUCAAACAGUAAGCUGCUUCUGCUUGGGGAACUGUUCCCACGCUGGGCAAAUAAAAUAAUGGAGCAGUUGGACCGGGUGUUACAUGAAGAGUAACACUCAUAAAGACAAGGAAAUGGUGGUGCUGGAACUGACUGAGAUCUCCAAAUUUUAUAUUCAGUAUAUCAUAUAUGUUUGAAUUGUAUAGUGAUGUAUUCAAUGUAUUUAGGGGUAUUAAGUAAGGUAAAAAAAAAUGGCACUAAUGCACAUUAACAUUGCAAUUGCCGCUAAUAAUUAAAUUUUUUCCUUCUUUCUUAAAGCAAAUAAUUCUCAAGAAAAGAGCAGACCAACAAACUCUUCAGCAUCCUUUUCAAGAAGUGAAUCUAAACCAAGCUUUUCACGUGACAGUGCUUCUCGUCCAUAUGAAAAUACAUUUGUGCAGCAACACGGACCAUAUUUCUCAGGACAUCCGUUAAUGCAGCAGCCUUAUGGUUUCCACAAUUCAGGAUCUCAAGAAUUUCAUUAUCCUUUACCAAAUGACAAUUUUGGUCCCCGAAGUUCAUAUGGAUCUCACUAUGUAAAUCCACACAACUUUUAUCCACCACCACCCUCAAACUUUGCUUGGCCUGAUCCAAACGCACAUGCACAUUAUAUGCAGAAUGCAUCAUUUGGAUUUGGCCCUCCUCCGCCUCCUCCUCCUCCCCCUCCUCCUCCGCCACCUCCAGGAAACCCCAGUUCUUCCCACUUUGGUUCUCCUUUUUAA